UCGUGAUUUCCUCAAAUAGUACGAACAGUAAUCUCGUCGGGAUUGGCGUCAGUGCACGCGCCGCAGAACCCCGCGAAACAACUUUGUCUCCGCGGAAGCGAAAACAGCCCCGGACGCAAUUUAAAAAGUGCACACCGUGAUUACGCGGGGCGAAACGAGUUGUUUGACAACAGCAACAAGAUCAGAUCAUUACGAGAUCUCAGGAAAAAGGCCUCCUAAGUUUUCAAUUUUUAUCACUGAAACUAAACGUCGUAUGAACAAACUGCGAAUCAGAGAGAUGAAGGAUCUACCGGCGUAUAUGUUGAAUGACAUAAAGGUGUCCGAACCGUCGACGAGUGCCUCGAAUACUUCCAUAGAUUUCGACAGGCCGCAGUCGAAACGAAGCGUGUAUAGUAUAUGCGUUACUGCAAUCGAUGUCGUUAACCAUAUACUCAUUAUAUGUAUGACGGCGUUCCUUCUGUCCUACACGGCAAAGUCCUUCGAAGUUAUAGAUCUUCACGUCACCCUCUGCACGUUAGGGUACGUUCUACUGAUGUCAGAGGCCAUUGUCGUCCUGGCUGGUGAAAGCAUCUUGACGAACUUUCUGUCGCGUCGUGCCAAGAGCCACAUCCACUGGAUUCUCCAGGUCCUAGGGCUGAUCUGCAUCAUCGGUGGUGUGGUGGUGAUGUAUCGAGCGAAGAAGAACAUUCAUUUCAGCACCAUUCACGCGAAACUGGGUAUCGCCUCGUUGGCCAUCACGAUCUUCCUGACCAUCUGCGGUUAUCCGGUCCUCGUCGCUGCGAAACUACGAAAAUUGAUCCGACCGGUGAUCAUCAAAUUCGGCCACAACUUCUUGGGCAUCGCCUGCUUCGUGAUUGGAAUGGCCUCGCAAUGUACCGGCCUUAAUUAUUCCACGAUGGAAGAAUACUACAAGGCUCGUCAUAGCCGGGUGGUUUCCAUAAUCGUCACUGCCCUCAUCACGAUACUCACGUUAAGGGGCGCCUUGGUGUCGCUCUCCAGACAGUUCGUGGCGAUGUUUAAAUAAUUGAGGAAAUUUAGAGAGAAGAAUGUUUAGAUUCGCGGUGGUUCGAGUAACGAUGACGUAAUGAUUAAGUAUUAGGUCGUCCUAUAAGUUCGUUCUGUAGGAUGAGGCAAUAUUUAACCGUUUGACUGCUAAGCAAUUCUUGCAAGAACGCACGAAAACUGCGGGACAUAUUCUCACUCGAUGUUGUCAAAGACAUUGUCAAGACACACUGAAACUCGCAGUGGAAACAGUUAAAUGAAAAAACUACAGAAAUUUUAUAGUGACUGUAUAAUGACGUCAGAAACGUGGGAAAAUAUUGUAAAACGAGAGAAAUUACGCUAAAGGGUAUCUUUCGUAUAUUAAUUCGAGUAACAGAAAAAUAAGUGGCAUGAAUUUAUGGGACGACCUAAUAUUAAUGACUGUAGCGCAGAGUCUAUGCUACUGUGGCUGUCUAGGGCGGGCCUAUUCUACUGCGGCUGUUAGCGCGUAACCUGUGGUACUGUGACUGUCUAGCGCGGGGCUAUUCUACUGCGGGCGCUCCACGGGCGCCACGGGAUACUCGCGCUCUUGUUCGGACUUUUCUUUUAAUAUCUCCUUAACGAAGCCUCGGACAAUAUUUUCGCUAAGGAAAAACUUGUUUCAAAUCACCUCCCGAACCACCCUUUUCAAGAACCUUCAAUAUUUUUGGGACACUGCAUUUAUAGUAAAAAAGGUCCCCCUUGUAGUGUAAUACGAUCCUAAUCUUUUUUCUAACCUUAUUUUCCUAACCUUUUAAUAUGAUCCUAAGCUUUUUUUCCUCGGACCUCUUUCUCUUUCACUCUCUAUCCUUUUUUACACUCGAUUCAAAUCUACACUCGAGUCAAAUUUACAUUUCUAUGUAAAUAAACACAGAAUAGAAACCUCGACUGGAUAGAUGCAAUGUUUAUGUCCCGAUUUUCUCGCAUUCAUCCAGCCUUUACUGUAGUAAGCUGUUCCUUUGCUUGUAUGUUAAAGUGCCAACGAUCCUUCGGAACUUAUCAAGUCGUAACGUAUGAAACGUCCGUUUCCUAGGAAGGUCGAAAUAGAAACGCCAACGCAGGAACUGGCCGCCAUCACAAUCUAUCUUUCGAGUCCUUUUGACUUUACCCGGCGUCCAGGUCGGGUGAUCCUUCAUGUUCCGUCGUGGACCGACCUAGAUCUAAAGUUGGACUUCUCGAACCACGCUGUCCACCUUCCGCCGUAGCUUUUCCUCGUUCUUUACGUUUGAAAGCAAUAUAAGGUGCAAGCGUGGACAUCUUUAAGGCCUUUUACACCGAGGAGCCGUGUUUUUGAUGUUUCUUAACGAAAUGGUAUAUCAUGGUAUAUCAGAUCGGUGGAUCGUUCAUUUACUUCGACAAACAAAAACCGUUUGUUUAAUAUUUAAUCUGGUAAUUAAUCGUUGCUUUUUCUUCUUUUCUUUAUGAAAAUUUACAGAACGGCGGCCACCGAUCGUUAAUUUACAUUAUAAAGUAAGAAGAGAAAAUCUUGAAAAUCUUUUAAUAAGAAGCGUGUUUCGUAUUUCCUUCGGCACCAAGUGUCAUUGCCUUUAUUUUUAAGAUAUCUCGGAAACUAUUCAUCGGAUUAACUUGAAAUUUGCAGGGAAUAUUUUCGAGAUAUCAUACUUUAAGAAAACGCGAGAAGAAUCCUUAAAUAAAUACGAUGGUAUCGAAAAUCCUCCGCACGUUGGCAGCGGUAAAUAAUGCGUCUAGUCGUAUGCGAAGUGAGAAACGUGUUCUAUGAACAAAUAUUUAUGCGUUUAUAGCAACUGUAAAUAUGAAAAGAAAUGUAUAAGGAAGCGCAGAAAAUCAAAAAUGUAUAAAAUAUCAAUAUUAAAAUAUUCGUUACAGUGUUUAGAAGAUAAGAGAUACUUUUAUUUUAACAUUUCGUUAUCUACGUCUACAGAAAUAUGAAUUUGCGGACAUUCGCAGUGUAUUGACGAUAGAUUAUUGCUAGAUUUCGUAAUGUUACGUGAAACGCCUCUCGGUACACGGGGAAAUCCCUUCUGCAUUGGAAAACACGUGUUGCGUGAGUGAUUAGAGCGUAUAAUCAAAGCGUAGAUAUACAGAGCAAUUAGGGGACCAUCAGGGGUUUAGUGUAGUUGCGUGGAGUCCAAGACGAGAUGAAAUUUGGAGACACCGUCUAAAAGAAGAAGAGAGAAUGGUUAAAUUCAAUCUUAUUUUUUUGAAUCGAACAAAUUAUGUAACACAAGAAAGUUGAUCGACUCGUUAGAAACACUAAGAAUAAUUUAAUAAUUCUUACUGUUAAAUAAACUACUCUAAAAAUCAAAA